GAUAGUACAACAUAAAAAUGGCAGGGAAAUUACAUAGCGGAUUUCAUCACAAAGUUUUACGCGAAUGGCAAUCUAUAAACACUGAUUUAAGUGCAUCCAAUUUAAUUUAUCCUAUUUUUAUAACAGAUGAGCAGAACAGUCUUGAACCAAUCAAAAGUUUACCUGGUCAAUACAGGAUUGGUUCAGAAAAAUUACAGGAAUUCCUCCAACCAUUAAUCACCAAAGGUCUUCAAAGUGUAUUAAUAUUUGGAGUUCCAACCAAACUUCAAAAGGAUUUUGAAGGCUCUAGUGCUACGGAUCCGAAAAGCCCAGUUCUGAUAGGAAUUCAAAAAAUUCGAAGUUGUUUUCCUGACUUGCUUGUUCUUUGUGAUGUAUGCUUGUGUGCUUACACAGAUCACGGCCAUUGUGGGAUUCUCAAUAAUGAUGGAACAUUAAAUAGUGUUAAAAGUAAUCACAGAUUAGCUGAAAUUGCCAUUGCAUAUGCUAAAGCAGGAUGUCAUGUUGUGGCACCCUCUGAUAUGAAUGAUGGCAGAAUUGGAGCUAUUAAACAAAAGUUACAAGACAGCUCAUUGGACACCAAGGUGUCUGUGAUGAGUUACAGUGCAAAGUUUUGUUCCAAAUUUUAUGGGCCUUUCCGAGAUGCUGCCCAGAGCGCCCCAUCAUACGGCGAUAGAAGCUGUUAUCAACUUCCCCCUGGCUCAAAAGGAUUAGCAAUGCGAGCUGUGGAACGAGAUGUGUCUGAAGGUGCAGAUAUGCUGAUGGUCAAGCCUGGAUUACCAUAUUUAGAUAUAGUGAGGCAAACUAAGGAAAAGUUUCCUCAUUUACCAUUGGCAAUAUAUCAGGUGUCUGGGGAGUAUGCCAUGCUCUACCAUGCUAGCCAAGCUGGAGCUUUCAAAUUAAAGGAUAGUGUCUUGGAGACACUACAGUGUAUGAGACGAGCAGGAGCAGACUUGAUCAUAACAUAUUUUGUACCACACCUUUUGGACUGGCUGGCAGAGGACUAAACCACAUAAGAAACAAGAUGAUGAUUGUUAUAAUCAGUGAUAACAGUAUUAGGAUUUGAAUUUAAUUCAUUU